CAUAAACAAAGAUUGGACCGUUAAAUUUUUGAUAUAUUUCAAUCUUUAUUGGUGGUUUUACAAAGUACUAUUCACGAGCGGUAUAGCAGCUCCUUAGAUAUUGUUACCAAAACAUUAUAUCUAUCAAACACCUGUGUGAUCUCGGUUGUAUCAUUACAUUCUUUCCAUUAACCAUUUUGUUCACCUCGUUUCUUGGAAAGUAUUGCAAACCAUGGUGACUAAUAUUAUAGGAUUGGGCAGAAAAGAUUAUAUCUUUUCAAAUUGGGCCGGUAUAUUUAGCUGUAAACCAUCAUUGUAUUUUCAACCAAGCACAUUAGAUGAAAUAGUUGGCCUUGUUAAGGGAGCCCGUGAGGCAAAUACAACCAUAAUGGUUGUCGGAUCUGGUCAUUCUCCAAGUGAUUUAACAAUGACAAAUGAAUGGUUAGUGAACCUUGAUAAGUUCAAUAAAGUCUUAGAUUUACAAAAAGAUAAGUCAGGAUUAUUUACAGAUGUUACUGUUGAAGCUGGUCUCAGAAUAUAUCAACUUAAUGAAUACUUGGCUGAUAAUGGGUUAGCGUUACAAAAUUUAGGAUCUAUUAGUGAACAAUCAGUUGCUGGUAUCAUCUCUACUGGUACACAUGGUGCUUCCCCAUAUCAUGGAUUAGUUUCUCAACAAUUUGUCAACUUAACUAUUGUUAAUGGGAAAGGUGAAAUAGUUUAUUUAGAUUCAGAGACCAAUCAAGACGUUUUCAGAGCAGCAUUAUUAGGGUUAGGUAAAAUUGGUGUCAUUGUCAAAGCUACUAUCCGUGCAAUUCCUGCUUUUAACAUCAAAUCAUCACAAGAAGUUAUAAAUUUUGAUACUCUUUUAGAAAAAUGGGACACUUUAUGGGUCAGUUCAGAAUUUAUUAGAGUUUGGUGGUUUCCUUAUGCGAAGAAGUGUAUCUUAUGGAGAGGUCAAAAAACUGAAGAACCAUUAUCCGCUCCUAGAGAAAGUUGGUAUGGUACAAAGUUGGGAAGACUAUUUUAUGAAUCUUUGUUAUGGAUUGCUGUUCACAUUUAUUCACCUUUGACACCAUAUGUUGAAAAAUUCAUUUUUAAUCGUCAAUAUGGUACUGUUGAAACUUUAGGAAAUGGUGCAAUCGCAGUCCAACCAUCUGUUGAAGGCUUAAAUAUGGAUUGUCUGUUUUCUCAAUUUGUUGAUGAAUGGGCUGCGCCAUUAAACAAUGGUCCAGAAAUUCUAAGAAGUUUGGAACAUUAUAUCAAUACUGCUGCUGUUAACCACGAUUUUUAUGUUCAUGUCCCAGUUGAAGUUCGUUGUUCAAACACCACAACAACAAAUGCCAUUGGAAAUGUUGCUGAUGUCACAAACCGUACUGAAAUUUCACCAGGUCCAAUCAAAGGUAAUGACUUACGCCCAUUAUUAGAUAACACACCAACCUUAAACUAUGCUCCUUUAUCAGAUGUUACAAACUCACAGUUGACCCUAUAUAUCAAUGCUACUAUGUACAGACCAUUCUUCACCAACUCACCAAUUGGUAAAUGGUUCAAGAUAUUUGAAGAAACCAUGGGUGCUGCUGGUGGUAAACCACAUUGGGCUAAGAACUUCCUUGGUUCUGUUGAAUGGGCUGCUGGUGAUGUUAAGGAGGAGAAAGCUUAUAAAGAUGGUGAAAUGAGAGGAUUUGCCAAAAAGAACCAAGAAUGGUUUGGUGAAAACUUGAAGAAUUUCAAGAGAAUAAGAAAAGAACAAGAUCCAUACAAUGUGUUUUUGAGUUCUAAAGAAUGGGCCAUCAGAAAUGGUAUUGUGGGUGUUGAUGAACUUUAAUCAUAACUUCCUAUUUUUUUUUUGCAAUACUUGUUUCACUAAAACUGUUUACUUCAAUUCAAGAGACUUUUAAUGAAUUCUCAACCUAUAUAUAUUAUA